AUGACCGGGCGAACGAGGCCAAUUGAGAAGUUUGCCAAAGCUACCGCCCAGUGCUCUGCUCAGGCCUCCGUGUACGGCAAAUGUGUCUUCGCUGAUUAUAAUGCGAUCCGAAAGGAUAUGUGCGCAAAGGAGUUUAUGAAGCUAAAGGAAUGCUAUCUGGUAUAA